AUGACAGAAGGAAGAACAUUUCUUUCACAGUUGAAUGUCUUCAACAAGGAAAACUACCAAUUUCCCUCAUCAACAGCAAAGAAGAAGGUGAACAACUCAACAAUAGACGUUGACAAUGAUGCCUCCGAUUUUGAGGCAGGCCAACAGUUCGCUACAGAAUUAGACCAAGGUGAGAAGCAGUUAGGUAUUUUGUCAUGUAUUGGGCUUAUUUGUAACAGAAUGCUCGGUACAGGUGUUUUCGCUGUUUCCUCGACAAUUUACACAUUGUGCGGUUCCGUUGGGCUUGCACUAAUUAUGUGGGCUGUAGGUGCGAUCAUUGCAAUUUCUGGGUUAUAUGUUUAUAUGGAAUUCGGUACAGCUAUACCGAAAAAUGGUGGUGAAAAAAACUAUCUAGAGGCCAUUUUCCGGAAACCCAAGUUCUUCAUUACUUGCAUGUACGCUGCAUACAUUUUUUUCCUAGGUUGGGCUGCUGGUAACUCCAUUAACACAGCUAUUAUGUUUUUAACUGCUGCUGAUACCGAGAUCACCAAGUGGAAUCAAAGAGGAAUCGGUGUGGCAGUCGUUUUCUUUGCAUUUUUAGUCAAUUCUCUGAAUGUUAAGAUCGGCUUGUAUCUACAAAACAUUCUGGGUGUAUUCAAGGUUGGUAUUGUCCUUUUCAUCUCCAUUACCGGUUGGGUUGCACUUGGUGGCGGUCUUAAAAACGGUUAUCAAUCUCACAAUUUUCGUAAUGCUUUUGAAGGCACCGAGACCGCUACUGCUUACGGUAUUGUCAACGCCUUAUACAGUGUCAUUUGGUCAUUUGUUGGUUAUUCGAACGUGAAUUAUGCACUCGGUGAAGUUAAGAACCCUGUAAGAACUUUAAAAAUUGCUGGUCCCACAUCUAUGGUUUUCUUGGCAAUAAUUUAUAUUUUUGUUAAUAUCGCCUAUUUCGCCGUGGUACCAAAGGAUAAGCUAGUUUCUUCUAAACUGAUUUUAGCUGCGGACUUUUUUGAUAUAGUGUUUGGUGGCCAUGCAAAGAGGGCUGCUGCUGCUUUAGUUGGGUUGAGUGCCCUAGGAAAUGUUCUCUCUGUGAUUUUUUCUCAAGGUAGAAUUAUCCAACAAUUAGGACGUGAAGGUGUGUUACCAUUUUCGGAUUUCUUCGCCUCUUCUAAACCAUUUAACUCCCCAAUGGUUGGUUUAUUUCAACAUUUUGUUGUCUGUAUGGUGACCAUUUUAGCCCCACCUCCAGGUGAUGCGUAUCUGCUAGUUCAAAACUUGAUUUCCUAUCCAAUGAAUAUCAUCAACUUUGCGAUCAGUGCUGGAUUGCUUUGGAUAUAUUGGCAACGUAGACAAGGUAAGAUCGAAUGGAACCCACCAAUUAAGGCUGGCGCUUUCGUCACAGGGUUUUUCACAUUGUCGAAUCUAUACCUGAUUAUUGCUCCUUAUGUUCCACCUUCGAACGGCGAGUCAGUGUAUGAAAGCAUGCCAUACUGGAUUCAUUGUGUGAUUGCCUGGGGUAUUUUCUUAUUUGGUGGUGUCUACUAUGUUGUUUGGGCCCAAUUAUUACCAAAAUGGGGUCACUACAAGUUGGUCACCAAGGACGUGCUUGGCGAAGAUGGGUUCUGGAGAGUCAAAAUUGCCAAAGUUUAUGAUAAUAAUAACAACGAUGUCGAUACACAAGAAGACAGCGUUAUUGAAACGAAUAUAAUCGAACAUUACAAAAGUGAACAAGAAAAAUCACUGUAA